AUGGAGCUCCAGCUCAAAGUAAUUAAUUUGCCUUGCUUUUGUUUGCAAAAAAGAGAUUCCCCUAUGGAAUGGACUGAAAGCCACGAUGUGGCUUUAUGCAAGGGGGUGCUGGUUCAGAAUCCCUUCCUGGCCCGAAAGAAAACCGUUCAGCGAGCCGCAAUUUGGCAGAAGAUAGCUGAUGAGCUGGUGUCCCUGAGCCGUCCAAAGUUCAAGGUAACACUCACUAAAAGAUCUGUCCAAGACAGACUGUUGUUGAUUAUCACCAAACACAAAAGAAGAAUGGCCACAGAGAGAAGAGAAAGUGGUACUAGUCCGGAAAUUUCAGAGAUUGACAAACUAUUAGAGGACGUUGUGGAAAAGGAGAAAUGUUACGAACAGCGACGAGAAAGUGAAGGUAAAAUCACUUGAAACCAAGGAGGUGUACUCUGAAAAAUAUAUAUUCUUCCAUAAUUAAGACGAAUCUUCUGUGAUGACGUAGACUUAGUUUCAUGAUGUACAACACAGGGGAGGAAAGGCAAAUUUAAGGGGAUCUUUUGUAAUGAAAAUGGGAGGUAUGUUAAAAAAAGUGCUGUAGGCAUUAAGAAAGGGGGUGGCAAAUCUUUUGAAUCUUGAGGAUUUGUAACAUUACAAGAGACAAAGUGAAUUAAGUUAGAACCAUUAGUUGCAUGCAGUAUUUGUGUAUAGUAACAAGUCCCCCUGAGUCCUGCUAUCUGCAUCACCAUGAUCAACUUUAUCUUUAUUGGCUCCCACUGGUAUGGAUUUCUUCAUUCUCAUUAUAUCAGUCAUUAUUGUGUUCAUUCUCAUCACAAUCACCAUCACAAUCACCAAACUCAACCCAACCUUUUUUUUAAAGCUAAAGCACAUAUUCAGUAUUUGUCAGGCCAUCUUGACUUAACUCAUAAUUUGCAAGUAAAAUUGUUAUCAUUAUUGUUUCUUUUCUUUAAAAAUAAUUCCACAAAUAACUUAUUUUAAAAUAGGGGAUGCAGAUAGAAAGAAGCAGGAACUAGACAAGGCAAAGGGGGAGGAGGCAAGGAAUAAGGCAAUGGAAAAAGCGUCUGAAACGAAAAGAAGAAAGAAUGAUGGGUCUGAAGUAGAACCCAAAAGGAGGCGAUCUGGCUCAGAAACAGUACAGUAUCUACGCGAAAAAAGUGAAAGAGAGGCAUCAAUUAAGGAGAGAGAGUUUGAGCUACAACAAAGAAAACAAGAGGAAGAACGAAAGCAUCAUGAAGGGUUGCUGCUGCUUAUGCAACAGCAACAGCAGCAACAGCAGCAACAGCAGCAACAACAACAACAGCUUCAAAUGAUGCUUUCUCAACAGAACCAAAUAAUGAUAACUUUGCUAGAGAAAUUUCCGUCAAAGAGCUAA